AGCAAGGCAAAGGGGAGCCACAUGGAGGUCUGCGGGGCUGCUCGUCUCCCUCGGCUGGAGGGGGACUUUGGCCUUCGCGCCUCCGCGGGAAAGACAUCACCAGUGACCUUUGAGGAGGUGGCCGUGUUCUUCACGGAGGAGGAAUGGGCUCUCCUGGAUCCGGACCAAAGAAAACUCUACUGGGAAGUGAUGGAGGAAAACUACGAGGCUGUGGUCUCCCUGGAUGAGAGGGACACGGAAACUGAGAAGGAACAAGACACGUUGAUUGUGGAAAGAAAUGUAGAUCUGCAGGUAGAAGCAAAAUUUGAAGUUCAAAUGGGACCCAAGAGAGAGUUGAUAAGCAAAAGGAAAGCAAAAGAGAAGCAGAGAAAAGAAUCGGUAGCCCAUCAGAGCAGGAAGCUGCGUGAGUUCUCAGCCCAAGAUGAAAUACGGAAGAGAAAGAGAAGACAUAAGUGUCCACUGAUUGAGAAAGGGUUGAACUGCAAACUCAGAGUUAAAAAAUAUCAGAACAUUACAACCUGCUGGAAAAAAUGUACAUACUUGGAGUAUGGAAACAUGCUUCAGAAUAGCAAGCUAGCUAAACAUCAGAGGAUGCAUAGGGGGGGAAAGCCCUAUAGAUUCAUGGAGUGUGGGGAUAACUUCUCUCAGAAUAACACCCUGACUAAACAUCAAAAGAUUCCCUCAGGGGAGAAGCCACAUAAGUGCUUGAAGUGUGGAGAUGGAGAGAGCUCCCCUUACGUUAGUGAUGUCACUAGACAUCAUACGAUAUAUAAAGGAGAGAAACCAUAUAAAUGCUUGGAAUGUGGAAAGAGCUUCUCUCUGAAGGGCAUCCUAACUAAACAUUGCAAGGUCCACACAGGGGAGAAGCCAUAUAAAUGCUUGGAGUGUGGGAAGAGCUUCUCUGAGAAGGGCAUCCUAACUCGCCAUCAAAAUGUUCACACAGGGGAAAAGCCAUAUAAAUGCUUAGAAUGUGGGAAGACCUUCUCUUGGAAUGGUGCUCUAAGGAGCCAUCAAAAAGUUCACACAGGGGAGAAGCCAUAUAAAUGCUUAGAAUGUGGGAAGAGCUUCUCUCGGAAUUACCACCUAACUAUCCAUCAAAAGGUUCACACAGGGGAGAAGCCAUAUAAAUGCUUAGAAUGUGGGAAGACCUUCUCUUCGAAUGGUGCCCUAAGGAGUCAUCAAAAAGUUCACACGGGGGAGAAGCCUUAUAAAUGCUUGGAAUGUGGGAAGAGCUUCUCUCGGAAUUACAUCCUAACUAUCCAUCAAAAGGUUCACACAGGGGAGAAGCCAUAUAAAUGUUUAGAAUGUGGGAAGGGCUUCUCCCAGAAGUGCACCGUAAGUAUCCAUCGAAAGAUUCACACAGGAGAGAAGCCAUAUAAAUGCUUGGAGUGUGGGAAGAACUUCUCUCGGAAUAGCCAGGUAACUAGACAUCACAAGGUACACACAGGGGAGAAGCCAUAUAAAUGCUUGGAGUGUGGGAAGAGCUUCUCCCUGAAGGACAACCUAAGUAGACAUCAAAAGGUACACACAGGGGAGAAGCCUUAUAAAUGCUUGGAGUGUGGGAAGAGCUUCUCGGAGAAGGGUGGCCUAACUAGCCAUCAAAAGGUCCACACGGGGGAGAAGCCUUAUAAAUGCUUGGAGUGUGGGAAGAGCUUCUCUCCUAGUAGCACCCUAGCUAAACAUUGCAAGGUUCACACAGGGGAGAAGCCAUUUAAAUGCUUGGAGUGUGGGAAGAGCUUCUCUGUGAAUAGCAAGCUAACUAAACAUCAAAAGGCCCACACAGGAGAGAAGCCAUAUAAAUGCUUGGAAUGUGGGAAGAGCUUCUCCCAGAAGGGCACCCUAAGUAGGCAUCGAAAGGUUCACACACGGGAGAAGCCAUAUGAAUGCUUGGAGUGUGGGAAGAGCUUCUCUCGGAGUGGCCACCUAGGUAGCCAUCAAAAGGUCCACACAGGAGAGAAGCCAUAUAAAUGCUUGCAAUGUGGGAAGAGCUUCUCUCAGAAGGGCCACCUAAGUAGCCAUCAAAAGGUCCACACAGGGGAGAAGCCAUAUAUAUGCUCAGAAUGUGGGAAGAGCUUCUCUCUGAAGGGCUACCUAGCUAAACAUCGCAAGGUUCACACAGGGGAGAAGCCAUAUAAAUGCUUGGAGUGUGGGAAGAGCUUCUCUGAGAAGGGCAUCCUAACUUGCCAUCAAAAUGUUCACACAGGGGAAAAGCCAUAUAAAUGCUUAGAAUGUGGGAAGACCUUCUCUUGGAAUGGUGCUCUAAGGAGCCAUCAAAAAGUUCACACAGGGGAGAAGCCAUAUAAAUGCUUAGAAUGUGGGAAGAGCUUCUCUCGGAAUUACCACCUAACUAUCCAUCAAAAGGUUCACACAGGGGAGAAGCCAUAUAAAUGCUUAGAAUGUGGGAAGACCUUCUCUUCGAAUGGUGCCCUAAGGAGCCAUCAAAAAGUUCACACGGGGGAGAAGCCAUAUAAAUGCUUCGAACGUGGGAAGAGCUUCUCUCGGAAUUACAUCCUAACUAUCCAUCAAAAGGUUCACACAGGGGAGAAGCCAUAUAAAUGCUUAGAAUGUGGGAAGGGCUUCUCCCAGAAGUGCGCCAUAAGUAUCCAUCGAAAGAUUCACACAGGAGAGAAGCCAUAUAAAUGCUUGGAGUGUGGGAAGAACUUCUCUCGGAAUAGCCAGGUAACUAGACAUCGCAUGGUACACACAGGGGAGAAGCCAUAUAAAUGCUUGGAGUGUGGGAAGAGCUUCUCCCUGAAGGACAGCCUAAGUAAACAUCAAAAGGUACACACAAGGGAGAAGCCUUAUAAAUGCUUGGAGUGUGGGAAGAGAUUCUCGGAGAAGGGUGGCCUAACUAGCCAUCAAAAGGUCCACACGGGGGAGAAGCCUUAUAAAUGCUUGGAGUGUGGGAAGAGCUUCUCUCAUAGUAGCACCCUAGCUAAACAUUGCAAGGUUCACACAGGGGAGAAGCCGUUUAAAUGCUUGGAGUGUGGCAAGAGCUUCUCUGUGAAUAGCAACCUAACUAAACAUCAAAAGGUCCACACAGGAGAGAAGCCAUAUAAAUGCUUGGAAUGUGGGAAGAGCUUCUCCCAGAAGGGCACCCUAAGUAGGCAUCGAGAGGUUCACACAGGAGAGAAGCCAUAUAAAUGCUUGGAAUGUGGGAAGAGAUUCUCCCAGAAGGGCAACCUAACUACCCAUCGCAAGGUUCACACAGGGGAGAAGCCAUAUGAAUGUUUGGAGUGUGGGAAGAGCUUCUCUCAGAAGGCCAACCUAACUAGCCAUCAAAAGGUUCACACAGGGGAGAAGCCAUAUAAGUGCUUAGAAUGUGGAAAGAGCUUUAGUGUGAGAAGGAGCCUUAACUUACACCACAAGAUUCACGCAGGAGAAUAGUUGUCCAAUCAAGUCAGCAUGUGGAAAACCAAUCAAAGUGGCUGAACUGGGCUGCUUGUAGCCGUGAUGUGAUUUAUGGUUGCGUCCCUCACAAGGAUCAUCUUUCUGCCCAAUUUCCUCCUUCCAUCUUUUUCCUCCAUCCCCCCCCCUUUCUUUUUGUUAGCUUUAUAUAUAUGUACGUUGCACCCCUAGUGAACAAACAUACAUAUUUUUCUGUGUAUUCUCUUCAAGCCUCUCAUGUUAAUGGAUCAUUCACCAAGCUGGUGAGAUUGAUUAAGGCCUCCUAUUACCAUAUAGAAAAUGACAAGUGCUGUAACUUUCUAGUGGAAAGAAUUUUGAUUCUAUUUCAAAAAUUGUGAUAUUGUAGAUUAAACUUCUAUCCUCCCCCUCAACGAUCAAUAACUAAUGUAACGUAUCAUCUUCUUUAUCUCUUAGGGCUAUCUUAGGUGGUUUGCUAUUUUGAUUCUUUUGUGUAAAAAAUGAAUAGGUGUCACCUGCUUGGACAAGGGCGCUCUCAUCUCUAUUCCCUCAGUUUAGAUCGGCUGGUGGCAUUGGAGAGCCUGGAAUGUAUCAAAUGCAUUUGGCAGUUUUUAUUUCUUUUCUGUGUCAUGGGAAGAUCAUCCCUUCUUUUCAGUGCAGUUAAUGUGAUGCAAGGCUUCUGUUUCCAGUGGCUCACUGCUGUAGAACUGUCGUUGGAACACGACCAGGGAAGAUAAUUCAAGAGCACCUGGAUAUCUGCUGUUCAUUAUGUGUCAUCUCAUGCCUCAAAAGGCUCAGCUUUAAGCACGUAAAUCCAAAUGGAGAGGUUUUUAUUGUCAUGUGUAAAGUUGCCUGGAAAGGUUUGUGCUUCUUCUCAACCAAGAAAAUAGAGGUGAAACUCCAGCUCAUCCUGAAGUAGCCAGACAAAUAAAUCGACCCUGUCUGAGAAAUUGUUUCCCUCAGAUGGAAAGAACUGGUAUGGAGCCACCAUCAGAAGAUGAAUAAUGGCUGCCUGAUGGAUUCCAGCCAUUUUAACAUAACCUGAGAACAGAUGAGAAAACUCUGCAGAAUAUCUAUCAAUAUCGACUGAGACUUCUGAAAUUCAUGAAGAUAAAGCAUUGUCCUGCUAAUCGUACUAUAUAAUUGAGUAAGCGUAUUCAAGAUAACUAACUCGCUUCUUAUCCUGGUGCACCACCAGAUGGUGCUGCCGUGGAGGGAAGCCCAGGCAAGGCACCAUGUCCCUCCAGAAAACGUGCCAUGGCAGGAAGUCCAGGAUGGGAUCAGGUGGCAAUGCCAGCCCCAACCUUAAUGCAGCUGAAAUUGGGAGCGGAGCAGGGCGCAAUGCCCACCCCAAGCCUUAACUGGUAUUAGGAGUGGAGCAAGUGGCAAUGCCCACCUCCCCUUAACCUAACUGGGAUCAAGAGCAGAUUGCAAUGCCCACCCUCUCCUUCACCUAGCUGGGAUCAGGAGCUGAGGAGGUGGAAAUGCCCACACCCGUCUUAACCUAGCUGGUAUUAGGAGCAGAGCACGUGGCAAUGCCAGCCUCCCUUCACCCAGCUGGGAUCAGGAGCAGAGCAGAUGGCAAUGCCCUUCCUCCAUCAGCAAGCAGGGAUCAUUUUUUCACUGGCUAUUUUUGUAUAAUAUAAUAGCUAGUGAACAUGUGAUGAUAGGAAACGGGAAUUGACAAUUACGCUGGCAAUAUACCCGUCCAGCUGCAGCUGUAUUGUAGAUAUUACCAUCAGCAUUGAAAUUGCUACACACACCCGGUGGAGAGUUAAUAUACACCACUCUCAAGAUUUUCAUCAGAGAAAUUGGAGCAUUUGUUCACAAAUUGGCCUAUAAACUUUUCCAGCACAUCAGCAAAGUUGGAGCAAUUGCCCUCAAA